AUUAAAACCCUUAUUUCUUGCCCCAAAGGAGCGAGGUGACGCGAGAGGAGGGGAAAGAAGAGGGGCGAGCGUAAGGCGUACUCCGCCUGCUCCUCUCCCUCUCUCUCUCUCUGCUUCUCACCCUUCUCCUCCCUCCUUCCUUCUCAUGGAGCCUCAGGCGGCCGAUUCUGGCGCCUCCCCUGCUGCAGCCCCCGUGCAGAAGGAGAGAGAGAGUAUCUUCGGCCAGGUGGAUCCGUUCCUCAUCGAAGCCCUCGAGAAUCCUCGCCACCGCCUUACCGUUCUGCGUAUGGAGUUGGACAUCCAGAGGUUCAUGCAGAAUCCUGACCAGCAACAAUUUGAAUUUCAGCAUUUACCAACUUCUUAUCUAAGAUGUGCUGCUCAUCGUGUUGCUCAACACUUCGGUCUACAGACCAUGGCACUAGAGGAUGCUGUAGAUGGGUUAGGUAACAGGGUAGUGGCAAAGAAAACACCAGAUAGUAAGUUUCCAUAUGUCUGUUUAUCAGAACUACCUGCAAAAGUACCCGAAAACGAGAUAAUUGAGCAAGUUAAGAUUGCUAUUCGUCCGAGAUCAAAAAUAGCUUCCCCAGGUGAUGCUGAUCAUCUAGGAGCUAAAAGAAGUGCAACGAGAACCGUCGAAGAGCGGAAGGAAGAGUAUGACAAAGCCCGGGCCCGUAUCUUUAGUGGUUCUAGCAGUCCUGAGGUUGGAGGGCCAUCACCCCCUAUUUCAGUCGAUGGAAGAAGCUUGUUUUUGAGCAGAGAUGUGGAGUACCAGAAGACUGUUGAAGAAAUUGAGAAAACUAAUUCUAAAGAUGGUGCUUCCAGAAUGGCCAUUUUCAGAGACCGGGAAAAGGACCGCAUUGAUCCAGACUAUGAUCGAAGCUAUGAAAGGUAUGUUAGAGGACUUCCACUUUCUCAGAACUUCAGCAUGCCGGUUUACAGUAUUUUUCAGCCUGCAUAUUUGUACUAUGAUGGAGGCAUAUCUCUGUUUGGUCAUUUGCCGAUGGAUCAAAACAAUUUGAACUACAACAUGCAUGACCCAACUGUCAAUGCAUACGUUGUUGGGUGUAAUCAGAAAAUAAAUGACGUUGUUUAUGUGCAGUGGCCCAGCCCUACAAUGAUGAAUUCAAACUCAAUGUACCAGGCCCCAUUUUAUCAGCAACAUGGGAGUUUCCAGCACACGCAGAACUGCUAGUCGUAGGAUGCUCGGUAUGACUUAUCAUUCGAUACAUUUAGCAGGCAUUGGACUUUUUUCAUAUCUUUCCUUGCAACUCAGGAUUCUAUAUUUAAAGUUAGACACCAUGUCCUGUACUAUUGAUAUUCACCAAAACUUAACCAAUAGCUCCCACCACACCAUUCCAUGAACUUAAUUCGCUCAAUGUGUACUUUGUAUCAGAGAAUCCGUUGUAAGAGAAAGAAAACAGAAUACUCGGUUCUGUUCAGAAGGUAAAUGCCAUCCCUCAGGUUAUCGUUCUCUUGCGAUCA